GCCUGGUCCAACGGGCGCGACUGCCGUUCGACUUCACUCUUCGUGUAUAUCAGAUCAACCCUGCGACGUCGAACGCAUCAUCAUUUAAACAUUUUUUGCUCUGAUUGGGUCAACGCUCGCGGCGCGAUCGGAACCCGGCGCAGUCAAUUCUUUGUUUAUAUCGACACCGACCUCAUUCGUCUUUUUAGAAGUCUAUUAUCGGGUUCGUUUUUCCCACUGCUGGAGCGUGUCGUCUGAAAGUCGAACCACUGUCCGCGAUGACGACCAUCUGCUCGACUCCAAAUUCUCCGCCCGAUCUGACCGGGUCCAAAUCCUCCAAGUCUUCCUCCUUUCGUUCUUCCUCCCAACAUUCCGGCCCCGAGGCUCUUUUCACCGAUAUCGCCAACUUCGAAGAAGUCGACCUCCAAGACGAAGCGCACAUCGCCUAUAUGGACACUAAGGUCCCUUUUAGUCGGGCGGGCACUAUCACGCAGACUUUCCCAGCUAGGAUGCAGGCCAAGUCCGCUGUAGUUACGACCCGCGACUUGACCGCCACGAAACCGAGUAAAUUGACGGGACAGACUAAUGGCACCCUGACCCAGCCGGGCCGCGGCGGACACAACACCAAGACCGGAACUCAGCGGGAUCCUACUGCGAAUAAGCAUGCACCACUUCAAGUGUCUAAGCCCCGUCGAUCGCGAUCGAAUUCGCCUUUGCGACCCACUUUGAGCUUAGGAUCCUCACCUUCCACACACAGCUUGUCUCUGGCUCCCGCUGCUCCCCGGACACUCAACCGCAAGCCAUCCUGGCAGCGCACUCGCAGAACGCUCAAGGAUCUGGAGGAGGAAUACCACGAUUCUGAUGAUGACUUGCCCGAAGAUGCCAGUCUCUGGAACGUUCCCAUCUCUCCCCGACCGAUGCAAGAUCGAGCCCCUUCCCGGAGUACAAGUCCAAACGGCCGCAGCCCGGGACCCCGGCCAUUGCCUCUGUCACAUUCCGUCUCAGAUGUGACCCUUCCAAAGUCCCCAUCGGGCUCGCGAUCCCCUACGUCACGGAAGGCUCGCUCCAAGCCACGGUCCAGCUCUGCCGGGCCGGAACGAGGCCAGAUUUCUCCUCGCAAUCCGCGAACCUACUCGUAUAACAACAUGAUGUCGGACCUGUCGGAAGAGGCGCGGAUCAUCACUGAGGCGCUGGAGUUUCAUGCUGACGAGCGAGAGCGUCGGCGUGGAGAGACUUUGCAGAGCGGGCUGUCUUCUUUGAGGUCUAGCACGGACUCCAAGCAGGGCUCAAAGACACCGAUUGAGCUGCCACCGUUGCAGAAGUCGAAUAUCAUGAUUGACCCGUUGCCUAUCAGCAAGGAGAAAGAAAAGGUGCUGAGUCGGACACGGCCAAGCUGGCUGCCGCCGAAGGAUCCUUUGGAGGAAAAGCGGCAUCUGAAGGAGUACAAGAAGAUGAUGGCACAGUCUCGGGAAGCAGGCAAGUUUGCGUCCAAGGCUAGCUUCGACAGGCCACUAACAUUUGGUACAGACAAACGUCGAGCUGCCAAAGUCGCUUCCGAGAAAUGCGAGAAGGACAAUACUCGGGAAACCCUGCAACAAAUUUGGGACGAGUACGUCUAUCCAAACUGGGAUAACGUCAUUCAGGAGCCGCGCACGCGGGAGCUCUGGUGGCGCGGUGUGCCGCCGCGACUUCGGGGAUCGACCUGGCAGCGGGCCAUCGGCAAUGAGCUGGCUCUCUCCGACGAAACGUACAAGAAGGCGUUGCAACGGGCCAAGGACGUGCGUGCCCGUCCGGACAGUGAUACUGGGGAAAGCAACAAGCGAAUGCGGGAGUGGUUCGCGACUAUCGAGCAGGACGUGUCUAAGGCUUUCCCGGAUUUGAAGCUAUUUCAACCUGGUGGUCCACUUCGCGAGACGUUGAUCGACGUUUUGGAGGCCUACUCGAUGUAUCGGAGCGAUGUUGGAUACAUCACUGGACUGCAUACCAUUGCGGCCCUACUGGUCCUCCAGUUCCCGUCUCCGUCCUCCGCGUUCCUCGCUAUGGCCAAUGCGCUAAACCGCCCUCUUCCUGUUGCCUUUUUGACACUCGACCGCGGGGCUAUCGGUCGGACAUAUUCGCUAGCGUCCGCGACGCUUAAAUACAAGUUCCCACGUCUUUCAACGCACCUCUACGAGACACUCCGUCUCAGCGAUGAGGAAAUCUGGGAACCGAUGUUCCGCUCCCUCCUGACAAACGGGCUGGACUUGGAGCGUCUCAGCCGAGUCUGGGACUGCUGGGUAUUCGAAGGAGAUCGGAUCAUGAUUCGCGCGGCAGUUGCGACUCUGGGCAGCUUGCAGCUGCAGCUGUUUGGCUUCACCAAACCCGAUGACCAGAGUCGACGGUCGGUGCAGGGGAUCCUGAGCUGGGGACCGCGUCAGGCGGGGACCACCAGUAGCACAGAGCAACGCCACAGUGCACCGGCAGCUCCUAUGCCGGCAGGAUUUGGUGGUGGAGGUCUAGCAUCUUCCGGGGUUGGUGACUACUGGCGACUCUCCUCGGCAGGCGACGAGGAUGGAUUUAUGAGCGAGGUGAGAGAAGCAGGGAAGGUUCGGUGAUUACUUCCAUUCGUUUCUCAUUUCUUAUUCUUGAAUAUAAUUCUGCUGCAGCGGUUACAAUAUUGGCUGCAACUGUUAAUAGGAUGGACUGGUCUGUCUUUAGUUCAGCGGGUAGUAAAUCAAACUCGCUGUGAAUACAUAGGAACUGUUGUUUCGUUGGGC